AUGGCAGAGAGUUUCGCCAAAUUCUCCAUUGAAAAUGAAGAACUAGAAGAAAUUAAUUACACAGAAGAGCCAACGAUUCUAAGUGAAAUUGAUACUAGGUGGUGCCUUGUUGGGAAGUUUCUUACUGAUUCAACAAUUGAUUUUCAAGCCAUGCAACAUAAGAUGGCUACAUUAUGGCGACCGGGUAAGGGUAUGUAUGUGAAACAGUUAGAACCAAAUCGCUUCUUGUUUCAAUUCUACCACAAGAUUGACAUUAAACGAGUUUGUGAUGGUAGUCCUUGGACAUUUGGGAGCUUCCACUUGAUCUUUGAAAGACUGAAGGAGGGUGUAGAUCCUAGGGCGAUGAACAUAAAUAAUCUGGAGAUCUGGGUGCAACUGCAUGGUCUGGGGGCUGGAUUUAUGCCACAACGCGUAGUUACAGACAUUGGCAAUCACAUUGGCAGGUUCGUGGAAUCAGAUGUAAACAACUUUGUGGGAGUAUGGAGAGAUCACUUUCGAGUCAGGGUCUCAAUUCCCAUUGACAAUCCGUUGAAAAGAAGAAUGAAACUGAGGAAAUCGGAGACAGAAUGGUGCUGGGUGUACUUCAAGUAUGAGGCUGUUCCCACCUUUUGUUUCAUUUGUGGUUUAAUUGGGCACAGUGACAAAUUCUGUGACAAACUUUUUGACGUUCAAGGCAGUGAUAUUGAGAAGCCGUAUGGUGCAUGGAUGCGAGCAGAUCCAAAAAGACGCUCUUACACCAUGGGAAAUAAGUGGCUGAGGGCAGGUGGUGCAACUCCGGUGAACACCACAACGGAGGAAGACAGUGAUAAAUCAGUGGCCUUGAAUUCAGCAACUGCUAACAAUAAUCCCGGGAAAUCAGGGAUUGCCACGACAACCACAUCCCUUGAUUCCAGGAUAGCUGUUGGAGUAAAUUUAGGCGUACCAGGUGGAGUUCAGGAUAAAAAUAAAAAGCAGGUGAUUGUUUCUCUAGAUAAUGAUUAUAUUGAGAAUGGGAUUUCAGAGGAAAAUAAGGAAAUUACUUACACGGACCCGAAAAGAAGAAGAGUGGCCCAUGAACCAACAAGCCCAGAUGCUAAUAGAGAUCAAAGCCCACAUGAAGAGGAAAUGGCGGAUAGUACUUUAGAACAAGACCAGAACAAAAAAAAACGGAAAUAUGGCGGGUACUGCUAUGCAGUCCCGCCUAUCAUUAUGAGUAUUAUAAGUUGGAACUGCCAAGGCAUGGGGCCGCCUUGGAAGCUUCGGUUCCUAAAAGACGUCAUUCGUCAACAUCGGCCUUCGUUUGUUUUUCUAUGUGAAACUUUAAGUAGUAAAGAGAAGAUGGAAUGUAUUCGUUCUCAGAUUGGUUUUCAAGGCAUGUUAGUUGUGGAGGCUCAGGGAAGGAGUGGAGGUUUAUCUUUGUUAUGGAGAAAUCAAGAUCAAGUCCAAUUACGCAGCUUGUCGAGUAACCACAUUGAUGUCGAAAUAUCUGUUAGUGCUAUACAAACAUGGCGCCUAACAGGUGUCUACGGCGAGCCAAACAGGAGCCAGAGGAGAAGAACUUGGGAGCUGUUACGUAAUCUCUCCAGAGAUGCCAACUUGCCGUGGUGUACUAUCGGAGACAUGAACAACAUAGCUUCGCAGGCGGAUAAAAAAGGUGGAGCUGCUUACCCACAAUGGUUAUUGGAUGGGUUCAAUGAUAUGUUAGAAGAGGUUGGUUUAAAAGAUAUGGAAUUAUAUGGCCAUCCGUUCACUUGGGAGAGGGGAAGGGGUACGGAUGCUUGGCUGGAAAUCAGGCUAGACAGGGCUAUGGCAACAAGUAACUGGUUUGAGUUAUUUCCUUAUUCAAAAUUAUAUAAUCUGGAAGGAUCACCCUCCGAUCACAGUGCAAUUUUUCUGGAACCAUCUGUCUCCAGUCCUGGCUUGAGAAAGAAGAGAUUUCGUUUUGAAAAUGCGUGGCUAACGGAACCAUUAUGUAGAGUCAUUGUUCGAGAAAACUGGGAAUCUAAUGGGGUGUCAACAGUUCAACAGAAAAUUCAGCAGUGUGCAGAAAACUUAAGUGUUUGGGGAAAAGAAGUGACGGGUUGCUUUAACAAACGGAUUAAAGAAUGCCAUCAGAAGUUAAAGUUUCUCCGGAGAAAACGUGAUGAGCAGUCCUUGAGGGAAUACAAGGAUACUAAACACCAGCUCUUUUUAAUAUUGGAUCAGAAGGAGAUUUUUUGGCGUCAGCGCUCUAAACAGCUUUGGCUCAGUGCUGGUGACAAGAACACGAAGUACUUUCAUGCUGCGUGUAAUAGAAGGCAAAGGACUAAUCGUAUUGUUAAGCUAAAAGAUGAUUCAGGUGAAUGGUUAGACUGGGAGAAUGGCUUGCAGUACCUUAUUCAAUCUUUCUAUGAGGACCUUUUUACAGCUGGUCGAGUGGAGUACGAAGCUGUUAUUGAUUGUGUUCCUCAAACCAUCACACCAGAACAAAAUGGGGCUUUAAGUACAGAGGUGACAAGGGAAGAAGUUAAGCUAGCACUUUUCCAGAUGCACCCCGAUAAGGCACCAGGACCUGACGGAAUGACUCCGGCCUUUUUUCAGAAACACUGGCAAAUUGUUGGUGAAGAUGUGUAUAAGCUUACAAAACACUUCUUUGUCACGGGUGAGUUGUUGCAGGGCAUCAAUGACACUAACAUUGUCUUGAUCCCGAAAAAGAAGAAUCCAAUUGUAGUUGGGGAUUUGAGGCCGAUUGCUCUCUGUAACGUCAUCAUGAAAAUCAUAACCAAGAUUAUGGCCAACAGAAUGAAAAGUAUGCUUCAUGAUGUGGUUUCUGAUAAUCAGAGUGCAUUUAUCCCUAAUAGACUCAUUUCUGACAAUAUUAUGAUAUCUUAUGAGAUCAUGCACUACUUGAAAGGGAAGAAGGUUGGUAAGGAUGGGUAUAUGGCCUUGAAGCUCGACAUGAGCAAAGCAUAUGAUCGUAUCGAGUGGGAUUUUUUGCGUGAAAUUCUCCUGAAAAUGGGUUUCUCUCAAUGGUGGGUUUCUCUGGUGCUUAAAUGUGUCACCACAGUUAACUAUACAAUCAUUCAUGGAGAGCACGAAAUGGGUCCAAUUUGUCCAACCCGUGGAAUACGUCAAGGAGAUCCUCUUUCUCCAUACUUAUUCAUCAUAUGUGCUGAAGGAUUCUCUGCGCUCUUGAGGAAAUAUGAAGAAAAGAAAUGGAUUCAGGGUGUUAAAAUUUGCAGGAAGGCCCCGAUGGUCACCCAUAUGCUAUUUGCUGAUGACUCCUAUCUGUUUUGUAAAGCAAACUCAACUGAGGCUCAAAGGAUUCUUGAGAUUUUGGAAUUAUACGAAAAAGCUUCAGGGCAACAAGUGAACAGAAACAAGUCUUCAAUAUUCUAUAGCUCGAAUGUUCUGCAGUACAAUAAAGAUUCAAUAGCUCAGUGGCUUCAAAUGGCAGAAGCAAAUGAUCACUCGACAUAUCUGGGGUUACCAAAUAUUAUUGGCAGAAACAAGUCAGCUCUUCUUGGCUUCUUGAAGGAUAAGGUUGACUCAAGAGUCCGUAGUUGGGACGGUAACUAUAUUUCGAGAUCUGGAAAGGAAAUUUUGGUUAAACAUGUUGCUCAGGCCCUGCCAUCUUACGCCAUGAACGUAUUCCUUCUUCCGCUAGAUAUUACAAGGAAUAUCGAGAAAAGCUUAACAAGAAUCUGGUGGAACUCAGGUCAGAACAGUAAAUCGAAGCUCAAUUGGAUGUCUUGGGAGAGAAUGGCGAAACAUAAAAAUGUUGGAGGCAUGGGCUUUAGACAUUUUCGAGAUUUCAACAUUGCUAUGUUAGGUAAACAGCUAUGGCGAUUGGCUAGUAUUCCUAACAGCCUUGUCUCGAGAUUGUACAAAGCUAAAUACUAUGAUUCAUCGGAUAUAUUUCAUGCUCGGCUAGGCCACAAUCCAAGUUUUAUAUGGCGUAGUCUUCUUGAAGCUCAACAAUUGCUUAAGGAAGGGGCUCGUUGGAGAGUUGGUGAUGGUUCAACAAUUCAAAUCCUUGGCCAACCCUGGCUGUUAGUGCAUGAGAACCCUUAUAUUACAUCUAUGCCAGAACCUUUACAAAAUAAUGUUGUUGCUUCGCUGUUUCGCACAGACAAAAAGGAGUGGGAUAUUGAAGUAGUAAAGGAUGUUCUGAAUGAAAGGGACCAGGUGUGUGUGCUGGCCAUCCCUUUGUCUGAGACAAACACUGAGGAUCAACUGUACUGGAGAUUUGAAGGAAUGGGUAACUACACGGUUAAAUCGGCGUACAGAUUCUUGCAAUCUCAGAGGGGUCACUGGAACGUGGAGGAGAAUGACAAAAUUUGGCAAACUUUAUGGAGUAUAAAAGCUCCACCGAAGGUUCUUAAUCUGGUAUGGAGGGCUUUAUCUGAUUGUCUCCCUACCUUGUCUCAACUUCAUCAGAAACGCGUUCCAGUUCAAGUUACUUGUCCGAGCUGCCAAGAGGAAGAAGAAUCGAUUGUGCAUACGUUAGUGAACUGCAGGUUUGCUCGUCAGUGCUGGGCUACUAUGUUCCCUAACAUCCAGUUUCAAACGGCCACCUGUUUCAGAAUGUGGCUACAGGUUAUGUUCAAUACCUGCAGCAAGGCCGAAUAUGCAGAGGUGGUAACUUUGUGCUGGUCAAUUUGGAGAUCACGGAAUGAUGUAGUCUGGAACCAAAGACAUACGAAAUUUAAUAAAACAGUGGCGGAUGCAAAGCAGUACCUUAUACAAUGGAAAAUAACCCAGUCAAGAAAUUUUAUUACUCCUCUACAGCCGUUCGCAGAAGGAGAUGGAGCUGUAGUAUGGGUUAAGCCCCAGCCAAACACAAUUAAGGUAUCAUUGGAUGCUGUUGUUUUUGAAGAUCGUGGUGGAGUUGGUUUUGGUUUAGUGGCUCGAAAUUCUGAAGGUCAUCUGAUAGAAGCAAAAGCUGUGUUUCACCCUGCCAUGGUUUCUCCUUUGGAAGCUGAAGCUAUGGCUUUUAAGGAAGCGCUAAGUUGGAUGGAUGCUCGAGGAUGGGGGGAAGCUUCUGUAGAAUCUGAUUGCUGGGUUCUGGUGCAAGCUGUUAGAAGUACGGCAAAGCUCAGAUCAUAUUUUGGCUUGAUCAUCGAGGAGUGCCGUAAUUACCUCCUAAGUCUAAACAAGGUUAAUUUGUUUUUUGUCAAACGGUCUGCUAAUACGGUUGCCCAUCAAGUUGCUAGGGAAUCAUAUUAUUUGUCAGGUCGUAUUAUCGAUAGGAGUUCUGUUCCUAAAUCGAUUCAUGAUUGUAUUUUGCACGAUUUGAAUGCUUAA